AUGGAGGAGGCGAUGCAGGCGGUGGCGGAGGAGGGCCCCAGCGUGGCCAAGAUCUACAAGCAGCAGCGCAGCCCUUACAGCGCCCUCAAGACCUUCCCCAGCAGCCGGAGACCGGCGCUGAGCAAGCGCUACGAGAGACCCACCAUGGUGGAGAUCCCUCAGGUCAGGGCGGGCGUCGGGCAGCAGCAGCAGCAGCACUUCCAGCCGCUGCCCGCCGUCGGCUCGUCGUCGUCGUCCCUCAGCGAGCACCCGCUGCCUUACCAGGCGCACGGCUCCUACCCCGGCGCCAGAGCCUCGCAGGGCCACCCGCCCCGGACGCCGGCUCCGCAGCUGGGACACCAGGCAGCGGCUCCUGCCGCCGCCGCUUCGUCGUCGUCCUCGUCGGCCAGGUACGGCCACGGCCACCAGGGGGCAGCAAGCAGCAGCAGCAGCAGCAACAGCGGCAGCAGCAGCAACGAGGGAAGCGGCAGCCUGGAGCUCAGCGCAGGUACCAACUUUGGCCGAGGGGGCUGGCCAGGGUCGUGGGCGUGUGGUGCCUCUUCUGGCACGCCUUCGCGGAGAGAGAAGUUCAGCUUCCUCUCUCUAACUCACACACGCACACGCCCAAGCUUAUUCUGAAGGGCGCUGUGCAAAGUAGCAAGGGUGCCUCUGGGCAUGUGCAGAGCACACGAUAACCCGGGAGGAACGCGUUUGCAGUGCUCAGAGUGAUCGCUAGCCAUCAUUUUAACGACCAGGGGUGCCAACUUGAAGGAAAUAAUCAAUCACAUGAUGCGCAUAAUCAAUCACAUGAUGUGGUGCAGGCACACCAUUUGAAUAUCAAUGCCCAUCAACUCGGAAGGGGGUCUGGCCACCUCAGAUAUUUUAUUGAGGGGUGUUGAAGGGACCUUGGGCCCUAGGCAUUGACUCCUGCCUUGCAACAGUAUAGGCUGGUCCAAGGGUCCCUGUACAGUACUGCAGAUCAAAGAGGGAACUGAGAAUGAGAUGAAUAAUUCAUUGUUCAGGUGAGAUGGGAACUGGAAGUCCCCUAGCUAAUGCUCUUGGCAACUGCCCUACACCAGUCCUUAUGAGGAACUGGUGCCAUUGGUUCACACACCAAGGAGGUCACCUCUGCGUUUAGGCGUCAUGUCGCUGCUGAGUUGCAUGUUGAUGGACAUCCCUUGGAAACGGCCUUGCAGCUGACAAAGCGUUAGGCAAGCUGACUAUGAUCCAUCUUGGCUAUUGGGCUUUGAGUUGCUUGUCCUGCUAUUAAAAGCUGUAGGGUUCUUUGGAUAUAGCUGCAUCCCCACAGCUGGAGAGGGGAGAAGUGUUUAUAAUUUGACAGAAGGUGCGCGAAAGAGAGAUCAGUGAAGCUGAAGGUUCAAAACUGUGGUUGGAGGUAAGUCUGAGUAUCCCACAUAGGUGGGUUCUUAAAAUAUUAGAGGUAAGGUCCUCUCCCUCCCCAACUUCAGCUCAAACCCACAACCCUUCAGAAGCUUUUCACAUUUGCUCACCCUCUGAACUGGUUUAAAAUUUCCAGUGCCGGAAGGCAAACAUUGAUAAUAUAUAGCAGAAUGGAAAAAGAGUCUCUGCCCAUGCACAAAGCACCUUAAGCCUGCUGAUGAAUAACCACAGCCUGCAUCUCACCCACCCUCUCCAAGAAUUUGCAUAAAGGGUUUUACAAGCUAGAGAGUCUUGACUCUCUUCCUUUAGAAAUGAAUAAAUUGGGAAAAGCUAGGGAGUAGCCUUUGGGGACUGCAAGUUACCUGUCAGCCAGCCUUCUGUUGUGAGGGAGUGUGCAAAACACCCUACAGAUUGUGGGGUGCUUUAGAUCCUAAUUGUGGGGAACAUUUCCUGGUCUUGGGAUCCGCAUAUGGAUUCAAUCUGCUGUCUUCAGUAUCACCAUUUUUCCUCUCCUCGCACAACUGCUAGCCCAGAGGGAAGAAGGGCAUGGAGGGCGACUGUAGCAGCAGGACUUAAUCUAGAGGUGAGAAAACUCAGGCCAAAAGGUCAAAAUGCAGUCCUCCAUGCCUCUCUGUCCAUCCCACAGGACUCUCUCCAUGCCACACCUUCUCUUCCAAAGCCAUGCCCCUCACAGACCCUGCUUUGCCCUCUUCUCUGGCCGAAAUGCCUCCUGAACUCUGACAGUGCCUUCUGUUCACCUGUGUGAUGAAGGAUAGAAAGGGGUGUGUGAAUGUGCGUUGAAAGUAGCCCACUUGUUGCUCCACCGGUUUUCCCCCCUGGGCAUGUGGCCUUAGGAAGGUUGCUGCCCAGGAUGGGCAUCAGCAGGCAUUUUUCAGGCGUGAGAGAGUAAAAACACUCAAGGUGGGCAGCAGAUUUGUUGUUGUCGUUUAGUCAUUUAGUCGUGUCCGACUCUUCGUGACCCCAUGGACCAGAGCAUGCCAGGCACUCCUGUCUUCCACUGCCUCCCACAGUUUGGUCAAACUCAUGCUGGUAGCUUUGAGAACACUGUCCAACCAUCUCGUCCUCUGUCGUCCCCUUCUUCUUGUGCCCUCAAUCUUUCCCAACAUCCAGGGAGUCUUCUCUUCUCAUGAGGUGGCCAAAGUAUUGGAGCCUCAGCUUCAGGAUCUCUCCUUCCUCAGGGCUGAUUUCCUUAAGAAUGGAUAGGUUUGAUCUGCAGCAGAUUAGUUUCUCACAAAAAAAAUUUGAGAAUGCUGUGUGCACAUUUUGUCUCCUACCUAAAAUAUUACAAAUGCUAGAAACUUUUUCUCUUUUUUAAAUGGAAGCUGGGACCUGGGGGAUUAUGGUUUACCAGUGGAAGGUAGGGACAGUGGGUGCCCAUAUUCCCCAAAAGGGAGUGUUCCCCCUCAGUUCUCUACCCCUGAUCUCCUCUGACCAGUCCUUGCUGCUGUCCACAAUACUCCCUUCCACGAUACUAAUUGCUGAGCAGGAUUCUGGACCAUUUUCACUGAGUUUGGAAAAGGCUUUCUUGACUGUGUGCCCAGAUAAGUGUACCAAAUCUUUGCAAAACAAGUGGUUGUAAGAAUUUGUGGCUUGGGGGGCACUCUGUGUUAGAAGUGGGCUAGGUGGCCGCUACAUGCCCCCAUCUGCACUAUACACAUAAAGCAGCACCAGAACACUUUAAACAGUCAUGGCUCCUGGGAACUGUAGUUUGUUACAGGUGCUGAGAGUUCUUAGGAGACCCCCUAUUGCCCUCACAGAGCCACCAUUCUCAGAGUUCCCUGGGGAAAGGGAUUGAUAGUUAAACCACUGUGGCAGUUGCAGGGGGGUCUCCUAACAACUCCUAACAGCACCCUUGUCAAACUACAGUUCCCAGGAUUCUUUGGAGGAAGCCAUGGCUGUUUAAAGUGGUAUAAUACUGCCUUAAACAUAUAGUAUUCAGGCUGGGCCUCCGAUUCCCUCUAAAAACCAGCCUGGAAAGGAGGCAGGAGAGGAAGAAGGAAGCCAGAAGUCCUCAUCUGAUGCCUGCUCAUCUCUGCUACUUCCCAUGGUUAGCAAAGCAGUCUGGGCGGUAGCAAGAAAAGUCUCUCUGUUGGUUGUGUGACUUCCUCCUUCCAUGUCCCCCUGUGCGCCCCCCCCCAAAAAAACCAUUUGCACCUGCCUUCUAGGAGUCUUGGACCUUCUCCACAUCCCCAAGAGGACCCAUCCACAUUUUCAGAAGCACUGCCAUAGAGAGCCAACCAGGGGAAAGCUGAAGGACUGGGCUUUUUUCCCCAUUCAAGUUUAUCUCGCUUCCUCUACCAGGAUCUACUCUGAUGCCUGGGAGUCGCCUCCCCACUCAUUCUGAUACAUAUCAGGUCUGGUCUUGUGGAAUCUUGCAAUUACAGCAUCCAGGUGUCCAGGGUCUCCUUCAGUUUUUCCCAAGAAGGACAACCUACUCUUGAAGUCGCCUCUUCCACUGUUAAAUAGCUCUUGCCGUUAGGAAGUUUCUGCUCAUGUUCAGCCAGAUUCUGCUUCCCUGCAGUCUGAACCCACCUCAGGAGCGACAGAUUAUGUCUGCUCCUUCUACAUGGCAGCCCUUCAAGAUAUUUAAAAGCAUCUAUCCUGUGUCCGCCUUAAUCUUCUCUUUUCCAGGCUAAACAUGCUCAUCAGUUACCAAAAGUACAAACACAAGCUUGCUUGCAUAUCUUGUUUUGGAUCUUAUUUAACAAAUUAACUCCCCUGGUGCGCAUUUGACCUUCAGGUGAGUAAUAGGAUAGAACUUAAAAUAUGGAUGUAAAAAAAAAAGGUCAAAGGGUUCAAGGUGUGGGAGGAGCUGGCAAAAGGAGAAACUAAGCUGUGCUCUUGUAAACGAUUAUAGUAAUAGAUCUUAAACGGUUCUUGGGAAAUAGGGAUGAGCUUAGCCUGAAUCCUUAGAGAGAUGCUACCAACAGGAAUAGUCAUAGAAUCAGAAAAUUGUAGAGUUGGAAGCGAUUCCCAAGUGUCCUGUAAUCCAACCCCUUGCAUUUCAAAAAUCUCAACAUGGCCUAAGUGUACAGUACAGGCUCAUACGAUAGGCUUCUUAUAUUACUUUUUGUCUCCAUUGUGCACAUAUGACUUCUGCCCCCAAAGGGGACUUUUCCUUCAUUUUGUAAUAACUGUUGUAGAUACUCUUGCUAGAUAAACAUUUAAAAAAAAACAACCUAAGACAGCCUCUGAACAAAGUUUUCCAUGCCCUGCCUCAACCUUUCUGUUGAAAAUGGGUUAGCAUUUGAUAGAAAUUUCUUAUUGCCACUGCUUUGUGAUCAAGAUUAUUGCUUUUUUGUGACCUGAUCUUUUGGAUGAGAGCGGCACACUGCUUCUCCAAUGAGGUGAGAAAAAACACAGGACACAAAUGACCAUUGGAGUGACAGCUCACUCUUCUGUGACUGGCUUUCUGUAAAAUGUACAGACUCUAGAUACAGCCUGUUAGCAGAAAACAGAGUGUUUAAAAAAAUCCCCCCAAUAGAUGUGUGCAUGUAGAUUUUGAUUUUUUAAAAAAUAUAUACAUAUAUAUAAAUAAAUUUAUUGAGCCUUGGUGUGGGAGUGUUAACUGAGAUGUAGAUCAAAAUAUUUUCUCUCUCUCAAGGUAUAACCUACUAAGAUGUUAAAUGCAUCUCUCCCUCUCUCUAUCCCUCUCUCUGUUCUCCUUUUCCUACUGAUGGCUUGGUGUUAGAGCUCACGUAGUUCUUGAUAUGCAGCCUAAAUUUGGCACCAGGAAAUGGGAAAUUGCAUCUUUAAGCAGACUACAAUCAAAAAUGAAUUACAAUAAAUCCUAUAUAAUUGCAUAGGUCAUUCUCUUUAAUGAGAUUUUAUUAACCUGACUGUCAAGCUUUUGAGUCAGGCAGAUAUUUUAUCUUCUUCAACUGAUAAAAGUGUCAGCUAUAAACCACCGUAUAAAUAUUCAUAAAUCUACACAUCUGUGGCAGCCUAUCAGCAUCAUUCUUUUGGACAUUAAAAGCAUUCUAAUUACUUUCUGUCUAGCAGAGCUGAAAGGCUGACUGUUAUAGUAUGUGCUUGGCAGGCAUGAUUGCUUUUGUUUGCCAUCACAAAUAACAGCAUCCCCAUUUUAUAUACUGAGGGUCCAAGAAAAUAGUCAGGGUUUGACUGAGCAGGCUGAAUACUGGGAGGCAACCAUCUGGUUUUGAUAGCAAUGGGCAUCUCAACUCAUCUGUUCAUUUUGACACAGCCUUUGCUUAUUUAUUUAUAUAGGAGAAUGCAGUGGGGGGGUGGGGGGUAUGAAAGCCUGGUUUGGUCGCUUUGAUGGCUGCUUGCCUUUUUCCAGCAAAUGCAAUGGUUUUUCAUUUGUUUUUUUUUAAAGGGCUGCUUCCUUCAAAUUCAUUGCACCCAUCAGAUGCCCCUCCCUUAGUGUGCAAGCUGUAUGUGCUGUGAGCGGCCUCCUUUGCAUGCCCCUGGGGAAUUUGUGUGAAGGAACUAACCAUUUUGGUGGGGCUAAUAAUAUGGAGGAGUUUUUCACUGCCUGACUGGAAGGGAGGUUGACAAUAAGCACUCCUGUGAUUUGCCUGCCCAUGUGCAUGCACAAAUUGCCCUGUGGUGUGAGACUGCUCUGCGAGAGGGACCACCUCUCACUCUGCUACACAGGUGUACCCCAAACCCUUUCCCAUCCAACCCCCGCUUGAAAGCUUCCAAGGAAGGAGAAGCUACCAGCACUCAUGAGAGUCUGUUCCGCUGCCAAACAGCUCUUACCGUCGGAAGUCAUGUGCUUCAUGUGAGUGCAGUAUGUGUGUGUUGUGAAGAACGUCCUAGAUUGCUCAGGGUGUUCUACACAUGGUAGGACCAAGACAUGCAAUUCAAAGAGCUGUGUCACAUCACAUCAUCACAUUCCAGAGAUCUGUGUGUAACCCAUUCUGUUGCUUACAGUCCUAUCAAUUUCCUCUCUUGUUCUCGCAGGGAGUAUCUACACCACAGAUAUAAACUGGUGUAAUAGUCGUUCUUUCCCAACAGAAUCACAGUUCAAGGGUGAUUGGCAAGCAUUCUUUGCACUUUCAUAAUGCUACAGUUCCCAAUAAUUUUUGCAAAAAGCUGCAAACAUUUUCAACAGUUAUGAAGUUCAUAUAGCUCAUUGCUUUCUUCAGUUCCUGCAGAUCCCAUGAAGAUCUCUUUGAUUUGCAGAAUGGAAAAAGUAAAUGAUUAAAAAUGUGAUUAUUCUUUCUGCCCUGCCAAUAAAGCUUUCUGAAUAUCCGCAUUCGCUGUCACAUCUUCUGUGUAGAUCCCCCCAUGUACAUUAAAUAAACAGGUCUUCUAAACUUGUAAAUUAUUUCUAUUCUGCUUUUCAUGUCCUCGAGGGAGUUCAGAUUGACUGGGUCGAAAGGAGGGAUCAGAAUAUUGUUUCAUUAUCAAAACACCAGUGCUGUCUUUGCAGAAUUGGAAUGCCCUUCAGAAGGCAUUUAACUGUCUGGUAAAUAUGAUUGGAUACAGAAUGUCAUUGCAUUAUUAGUCUAAGAGAAUGGAAGGUACGCUUAGGUAAGAGAUAUGCAGAGCUGCUGUGGAAAGUAGCAGCAAAACAGCAGCACACCAGCUGAAUAUUGAAGCUGCUGUUAUGAUUUUUCACUUUUGUACAACUGCUGUUAAAAAUUUUCAGUGUGUGUGUGUGUGUGUCUCUGAAGGGACACAGAUGUUUCAGCAUUGCAGGAUUGUUUUUCAAAGAAGAAUGACUUGUAUACAAAACGAGGCUUGUUAACAAUGCAAACAUUUUAGUCACUUCAGGCAGAGAGUUACCUAAUUAUAUAAAACCAUUGCUGGCACCAGAAAAUCAACCCACAGGGAGAGUAGUUACACAGACCUGAAGAAUAGGGAGAGCUUGGUUUUGGAGCUGAAGCAGGGAUACCUUGUGAUUUUUUCAGGUGAUGGAUUAGUGUGCGUUUCAGAAGUUGCUCUCCCCUACCUUCCUUGUAUGCAUGGUGAGAGGCAGAGAUUGCCCCUUCUGUCAUUCCCACUUUUGUCCUAUCUCCAGCACCUCCAGAACAGCCCAUGUCACUGUAAUGUUUGCACAGGGUCUGCCUGCACAAAAUCCAAUGCACGCAAGGCCAAAUCACAAGGUAGAUUCAAAAAUAUUUUUGAAGGGAGGAGGGAAGAGAACUGAUGGCACGAUUUGGACUUGUGCAUGAAGACAGAAGUGCCUGGCGUGCUCUGGUCCAUGGGGUCACGAAGAGUCAGACACGACUAAACGACUAAACAACAACAACGUUAGUUUUUAGGGUGUGUGCACCCUGUUCAAACAUUCCACAGAGCUGUUGCACAAAAUAUGGUUUAACGUUACAGGCCUGUCUUAACGAAUGACACUAAGCCACCCCAUCACCCAGUGAUUUUUAUUCCAGUUUGUUCAUCUUGCAUUAUAGCUGGGUUGCAUGUUUUACUUUAUAUGCUGUUUGCUGUACUAUUUGUUUCCUGUCUUUCCAGUGGCCGAUGGCCAAAAGCUCGUAUGAGAUGCUGAGUCAGUUUCAAAAGUGGCCCAUAUAGGCAUAGAUCCACCCUCCUAAUAAGGGCCUUGCUGCUGCUUACCUAGAAGUGGGCAGGGCAGGGAGGGCAGUGGCAAAGGUACUUGUUUCAUAUGCCAAAGAUCCCAGAUUCAAUCCCUGGAAUCUCCCAACAAGAGACUGCCACAUGAAAUUCUAGAGGGGUAUUGCUAGAAGUGUACAACUCAUGAGCUAUAUAAACCCAAAGCAGCCUCUUGAAAGACAAUCCCUGUGACUGUAGUCAUCUCAUGUUUCCUUUUGUGGGGUGCCAGGUUGGAUUGGGACCAGGAGAUUGGGGUUCUAGUUCGAAUCCCCCUGCAUGUUUGCAAUAUGGUACCAAUGGGAACUUUCCUCUCAUUGCAAACUGCAAGCAUGCAAGGUAAUUCCAGUUGAGACACUGGGUUAAAGCCUUUCUCUCUCCGUGGUCCUGAUCUGGCUUGAUCUCUCCUACCCAACCUCUUUCUGGCUAUUUGUUAAACCACAGAAAUGGCAAACCACAUGACAAAUAUCGCCUCUGCCUCAACCCUAAGUUAGUACUGUUACCAUACCAGAAUGUUCAUUGGACACAUGGUUGUAUCACACCAUCUGUCUUUUAUGACAGCUUCUGCAGUUGCCUAGUUAACAGGGCUGUAGUGGCAUCUGAAGUCAGAUCCACACCUUUGCCACCAACUAACGCCAUGUAAAAUAAGCAUGUAUGUUGAAAAAGCUAAGAGUAGCUGCACUUCUCCCUAUUGCUAGUUAGCCAGGUGUCAAGUCUGAGAUGUUGGGACGCGGGUGGCACUGUGGGUUAAACCACAGAGCCUAGGUCUUGCCGAUCAGAAGGUCGGCGGUUCGAAUCCCCACGACGGGGUGAGCUCCCGUUGCUCGGUCCCUUCUGUCAACCUAGCAGUUCGAAAGCACGUCAAAGUGCAAGUAGAUAAAUAGGAACCGCUCCGGCGGGAAGGUAAACGGCGUUUCCGUGUGCUGCUCUGGUUCGCCAGAAGCGGCUUAGUCAUGCUGGCCACAUGACCCGGAAGCUGUACACCGGCUCCCUUGGCCAAUAAAGCGAGAGGAGCGCCGCAACCCCAGAGUCGGUCACGACUGGACCUAAUGGUCAGGGGUCCCUUUACCUUUACUUUUACCUUUAAAGUCCGAGAUCAGCUCUGCAUGUUAAGAGCAUAAAAAGAUCAGACCAAAGCCCCAUCUAGUCCAGCAUCUUGUUCUCACAGUGGCAACCAGAUGCCUAUAGAAAGCCCUCAAGCAGGACCUACCUCAGCGCAACCACACUCUUCCCCCUUGUUAUUCCUAGCAGCUGGUGCACAGAGGCAUACUGCUUCCAGUACUUCAGAACUCUUAGGUCAAAUAAGAGGGAGGAAGAAUGAUUUCCCCUUUUCCUCCUUACCCUUCUGCUGAACUCACACAUACCUUCAUGCUUUGUCAUUGGGGCUGAGAUACUUCAUCAGCUGGGGUUCCCUCUUGCUCAGCACAAGACUGCCUUUUGUUCUUCUGAAGCAACAUAUGGAGGGGAAUACGUACACAUUCUCUGCUGUAAGCUCUGUGAGUUGUCUCCAUAUCUUGAGCACUGUACUACAUGAGAAACUCACAAGUUCACCAUUUGCACAUGACCCCCGAGGCUCAAAAGGAGGAAGUGUGAAUCUCCAGCUUGCUUUGCCUUCACAUGCAAAGCCACCUUGAGCUUAUUUGUUUCAUGACAUCAGGAAGAGACUAUUUUCAUGAGGUGUUGAGUUGACCUGUAGGACUUCCAACCACGAUCAAGGCAAGGAUUGCCUCUUUGAAAGCCCCCCGGGGUUUAAAAACAAAAUGCCACUUCCCUGCAUGUGGAAGGCUAGUGAGUUGGGUGAAAGGGUUUUAGCCUUGCUUGAUGUAUUAACUUUCCAUGUGCAAGUAGUUUUUCUUUGAUUUGUUAAAAUUUUCAGUUCAAGGAGGAAUGUGCCUUUUUUCUGCACGUUUUGAGCAGGGUUGCAAAAUGCCUCUUCAGUAAGUGAAAGGCUAACUCUCAAACCUUCUGCUCUGUAGGUUUCUCCUACGUGAACAUUCAGUCUUCAUUUUACAGUUUUAGUUUUGGCAAGAUAAUCCUUUUGAAUCAGAACAGUGCACCCAAGCACGUAAAUAAACACCAUGCCUCUUUAUGUUCUCUUUGUGAACCUUUACACCCACACAGUUGUUAAUAGCACUGGAUUUGGAACUGUUAUCCAGCAUCCAGUUGAGGCUAAGAUCUGAGGGAUUUUGGUAUGUAAAAUGUUGCUGAAACUACCCAAGACUGUUUUAAGUUCCGCCUUGUUUCCUUCAUUGUACCAGCUGGUGCCAUUCCUACAGUAGGACAAAAAGGUUCCCCACCACAAGCUGUAAUUUUGUUUGGGCACCUGCAGUUUUCAGAGAAGAUGCACUGGUACAUGAUUUAAGAGUCUUGCUAUAAACAAUUGUUCCUAAGAAUAUCACCCCAGGACCUGUGAGGAUAUGACACUUAGGGAAAUGUUCUGGGUUCCUUUGGUCAAUUUUCUUCAAAUAAAAUCUCUUACUAGCCCUCUUACAAAAGAAAACAUGCAGAUAUUCCACUCGGUUGCUUCAUAAGAAAUAAACAUGCAUUGUCUGGCUAAUGAAUGUAAAUAGAUCAAGCUGCAUAUAAAUAUAUGUGUGUGUGCGUGCUCAUGCUUGCUCUUUUACCGUGACUUAUGCCCAUUAGGUCCAUCUACCACUGCAAAAUGUAUAGCUAGAGAUGCACAUGGGUUUUAAGAUUUGCAACAAUUGGAGCUGGGUCAGCCAACAUGGUUACUUCCAGAUGUUGCUGGAUCUCACCUCCCAUCAUCCCCAAUCAUUUACCAUGAUGAGUGGAGCUGGUGAGAGUUGGGUUCUUCCAGAUGCCCUGUUUAUUGCACAUCCACCCUGGUGACUCUGCAGAAAGGUUUGACAGCAUCGCUUAUUUCAUGAGCAUUUAUUCUGAUUCGUUUGUCUGGAGGUUAGAUGGUCUUGUGUCAAAACAAGUGCCACCAACACUGUUCAGUGUGUUUUCCCAUCAUUUCCUUAUCAAAGAAAGCCUGAUCUUACGGGGAAACAUGUUGUUUGUGCAGAACCUCCAGUCAACUAUAAUGGCACAGCUUGAAUUUGCCAAAAUGUGACUGAAUCCCAGCUGAAAAUAGGAAGAGACUGGAAACACCCUUGGAGCCCAACAGUGUCUAGAGAGUCCCAUGUUGGUCAUCCCUGGUUGAAGCUAUUGGUUGGAACAUACCCAGCAUAGUCUGAUACUAUAAGUGGUAUCAUUUUUGCAAUAUGUAAAAAAUAAAAGAGACUCAGGACAGCUACAGCUUCCUUACUCAUUUGGUGCUAUAUCUACCCGGAAAGCUGUCUGUGGACAAACGCCGGCUCCCUCGCCCUGAAGCGAGAUGAGCUCCGCACUUCAUAGUUGCCUUUGACUGGACUUAACCUUCCAGGGGUCAUUUACCUUUACCUUUUACCAUAUCUAUAAAUUUAUCUUUUCCUGAUUUUAAAAUGUGAUAAGUCAUUUACAUUUAAAUUUGCGGCAUCAAAAGUAGAUCAUGCCUACAAUCUAGGGGAAAUCAUAAUAUUUAACGCAGCAUAUAUAAUGUAAUUUGAAGUCUCCAUUCAUAUGUUUCUUCUUCUGUGGAUGGAGGAGGUGCAGGGGAGAUACAAAAGGCAGAGAACUUCUGAGAACUUGGGAUCAUCCUGAUUAAAAUGCGCACAGUAAAUACAGCUUCAGGUCUAGAAUCUGAUUAUAGGAUUAAAACGGAUGAAAAACUGCUGUGUAUUUGAAUUACAAAGUUCCAAUCAAUAUCUUCCUUUGAUAUUUUUCAAAAGAGAAAUGGAGUGAGUGAAUAAUGAGGGAAGGCAACCUUAUAUUGAGGCUGAUACUGAUAUUUACAUUUUCAUUAUUCUUUUAUCAUCUGAUCAUGAUGUUAGCAGGAGUCUCUCGUUAGUUUUUUGUUUCCUGUUUUCUCAUUCUCUAGAGCUGUGUGACUCCUGUGGAAGCUUCCUUCCACCAAAUGUGUCCAGGAUGGGUUUAGAGUUGUCUGUUGUCAGGUGGGCUUUGGUUUAGGGUUGGCAUUGAGGGAAAGCAGGGUUCAUCUGCCUUUCACAACGGUGUGGCAGGCAGAAAUUCAAUAGGCUGAGCUUGGAAAGUUUCAUUUGUUCACAUUCUGUCUGUCAGACAUUUUAUUAUGUGUGAAACAACUUAUUUUAUUUUUGGGUCCUCCAAACCACCUGCAAAAAAAGGACACAUAUUUGCAUAUGACGCAGAGCAAAUGUGAAUGUUAUGCAAAUCUGUGUCCUCUUUGGUGAGUGGGUUGGAGGGUCUAAGCUACAUACAAUGUAUUGGACUCUUAAAAUCUGUUGGCACCCCUGGACACAUUCCAGAGUCUAAAAUGACAGCAUGCUGGGUGGUGGCCUUAGAGCUUUAGAAUCCAUCAGGGCUAGAAUAAGGAAUAGAGUUUCUGCAGUUCCUGGGAGCUCUCCAUGGUCCUGCAGUGUCUUACAUCUGGAUGGGUACCUGGGCCAAAGUAGACAUUACAUUCACAUGGGGUGGGGUUGGUUAUGAAGGAAAGGCAGCCUGGAGGAAUGACUGGUUGAAAGGGGGACAAACUAGCCAUUAGUCAUAUUGUUUACCCUGCAGGUGUAUGUCUCCCUAUGGAAGUUUUCAUCAGAUGUCUGUAGACUAGACUGCUGCAGAUGUGUGAGAUCUACAGAGUUCUGCAUCCGAGUGGAAGACUAACAACACUUACCUCCAUUUGUUCAGUAAAAUGGAAUUGAAAAUGGCAUUUUUGCAGUUGGGUAUCCUCCACCUUUGGUCCGUGGUCCCUCUGAACAAGUGCUGGUGCGAGCCAAAAUUUACCAUCACCACACUGAUUGUCAGCAAGGGGAUCAGGGCAUGCAUGAAAUGUGUUGAAUGUUCAUGCAGGGCUGCCGCUUGGGGGACAGUUCCCUCUCUCAUAUGCUUCUGUCUACCGCAUCUGUGUCCUCUCCUUUUUCUUCAUAUAGGGUGUGCAUAACCUUAUUUUGCUUGUGAUUGUUGCGGCAAACAAGUUAAUGAGGUUGAGUCAUAGGGGCUUGCCCAAGGCCACCUGUUGAGCUUCAUGGCCAAAGCAGGGAUUUGAACCCAAGCCUUCCCAGCCCAAAGCCAUCAUGUUGUGCAACACAUCACUCUGGCUCUUUGGAAUGUUCUUUAGAUACUUUCCCCAGCCAAGUGAGAACUACUUAUCCAAAAGAACUAUGUGAUCAGCCCUACUUGUGUGGCUGACUUAUUUAAGAGUCUUCUCUGCCACACAGGAUCUUGUCAUGGAGAAGCAGCUUCCACAUGGGCUGAGAUAAUGUCUUUAAAGUUCCAUUAUUCCUCUCCAACAUGCCGAUGAUGCUAUACACCAGUCAUAUGGAUGUUCUGCACACACAUGUCCCCUACUGAAAGUUAAGAUUGUCCUCCUGCACCAAAGCAUUGCAGAUGGCAUGUGUCCCCCCUCUCCCACCCCAUAAGAGACCUGCUUGGCUUUUUUCCUACCUUUAGAAAGCAGGCUUCAGACCUCUCCUCAUCAAGUAUUUGGGGAGUGAGGGAUGCCAAGAACACAUCCAUGCAUAUAAAAGGCAGGUAUAACUGAAAGGGGCCACAAAUAUCUAAAAUGCUUCAAAUUAAGGGCCAGUUUCCUGGUUAGAGAAAAAUGUGUUUGUUUAGCACCUGAAAGUAGAUAGUGAUGGCUCCAAGCAUAGCUCCCUGGGGAGAGCACUCCAUAAAUGGGGAGGCACCACUUAAAAGGCCUGUUCUCAGUUGCCAUCAUCUGCACCUCCUUCAGAAGGGGCACAAAUAGGAGGGCCUUGGGUGCCAAACACAGGGCCUGGGUUGGUUCAUGUGCAGAGAGGCAGUAAUGAUGAUGAUGAUGAUGCAGGACCUUGGUGAAUUUAAUGUGUUUGUGUGAUGUUGUCUUGCUGUUUUCAUCCAUAAUAUAUUCUGGAUUUUUGCUGUAAUCUACUUCCUCAUUCGGGACGCAGAUGGCACUGUGGGUUAAACCACAGAGCCUAGGACUUGCCAAUCAGAAGGUCAGCAGUUCGAAUCCCUGCGAAUGGGGUGAGCUCCCGUUGCUCUGUCCCAGCUCCUGCCAACCUAGCAGUUCGAAAGCACGUCAAAGUGCAAGUAGAUAAAUAGGUACUGCUCCGGCGGGGAGGUAAACGGCGUUUCCGUGUGCUGCUCUGGUUCGCCAGAAGCAGCUUAGUCAUGCUGGCCACAUGACCCGGAAGCUGUAUGCUGGCUCCCUCGGCCAAUAAAGCGAGAUGAGCGCCACAACCCCAGAGUCGUCCAUGACUGGACCUAAUGGUCAGGGGUCCCUUUAUCUUUACCUUUACUUCCUCAUUCUAUCCAGCUAGCCAACUAGACUGUCUCUACUUUGGGUUUCUGUGAUUUGUCUCCUCUUCUGUUUCAGAGAGCCGUAUGAUUCUGGAUGCCUUUGCCCAGCAGUGCAGCCGGGUUCUUAGUCUUUUAAACUGUGGUGGGAAACUUCUGGACAACAGCCGCACUCAGUCUUUGGUUUCCUGUGUUAAGCAGGAGAGCCUGAGCUUUAGUGAAAGACCAGAGCAGUGCCAGAUUGGGAAAAUGGUCCAUAGCCAAGCGUCAGACAACUUGGACCUAGAGCUACAGUACAUGCACAAGAAGCAGCAAACCUCUGCUUUUCUGAGAGUCUUUACUGAUUCCCUUCAAAACUAUUUGCUUUCUGGAAGCUUUCCAUCUCAGAAUGCUUCCUCGUUGAGUGAUUUUGGCCAUUUGGCCGACGUGGAUCCACUUUCAACCUCUCCAGUGCACACGUUGGGUGGAUGGACAUCCCCAGCAACCUCCGAGUCCCAUGGCCACCCAUCCUCUUCCACGCUUCCAGAGGAGGAGGAGGAGGAAGAGGAAGGCUACUGUCCUCGUUGCCAAGAGCUGGAGCAGGAGGUAAUUUCAUUGCAACAAGAAAACGAGGAACUCCGACGGAAGCUGGAGAGCAUUCCAGGUAAUCCUAACCGAACCAUUUGAGACAUCUAGUGCUGUAGAUAUAUAAGGUGCAAGGCCCAAUGGCUACCAUCUAUAAAUCCUGUUAACAUCAGUUUGUGCUGUUUGGUUUAAGGGUCAAGGCCACCAUGGAUGUUUGAUGUACCAGAAUGCAGAGGCAUAGUUCCAAAUAAACAUGUUUCGUGUCAGGAUAUUGUUACUUGUCACUUUGCAGUAGUGCAACCAACAUAAAGUGUUCCGUCCUGAAAAACGUCAUCCUUCAUGAUUAAAUAAAUGGGUUAAUAUACUAUCAGUACUAUAGUUCAACAGAAAGGUUGGCUAGGAAUAUCUAUUUUUUUUCAAGUCCAGAGGGCUGUUCCCUCCUUCUCAAAUUGGAUGGCAGCGCCUCUUUGAGUAGCACCCACCCUUUGGAAACCUUUACUUAGCUAGUUUCCUUUAGCCUCCUACAAAUUCCAGUGAGACAGGCGUAAGUAUACUCCAGCACAUUUAGUUAGCAUAACCUGUGUCCUCAGAUGACUUAACAUAGACUAAGGGUGGUGGUGUCAGACUCCCAAUUCCCAUCACCCCUGGUUGCAUUGGCCAUCCCAAUAUAGACAAUGCUCUGAUAACUCUCAUCCUUUAGAAUCAGCAUCUCAAGACCCCUAUUUAAUGAGAAAAGGUGUCAGUGGCCAGGUAGCAUUUUGUAGCCUUCUGCCCUCUCUCACUCUCCCACCAUUGUUCUAGAAGACCCUUGCCUGCAGCCCUGGAGAGCCACUGCCAACCAGUCUAUUGAGCUAGACUGAGCAAUGGACUGACCCUGCUAAAUUGGACGUGCAGUGAUGUAACUCUAUCCACCCCGCUUGCCAUUCACAUUUCCCCUUUGCUUCUCCCUACUCCUGCUUCAAACAUCGUCUUACGUUAUUAGAGUUCCUACUGGUGCAUUCAUUAUCCGUUCCCUUUCUUGCUUGCCGUGUUUGGGUACUCCUGCUGGCAGCUGGCAUGAAUAGCCUGCCCUGAACUGCUCACUCAGUGCUAUUUGGCAUGGGCUUUCCUCACCCACCUGUACUUAGUGACAUGCCCAUCUACUAAAUUGCAUGUAGCUUGAAGGGUCUUGCUAGGUGUAACUGCUCUGUCCAUAUCCACCCCAAAUGAUGGAAAUUAAGAGGCAUGCUUCAUGCUGGAGAUCUAGGGGCUGCUAUGAGAGGUGGGGGAGGUGGCCUUGUGAUUGACACAUGGGUGAGCCCAUCAAAAUCAUGCACAGUAUGGCUGGCUGCAAGCAACUUCCCCAUGCUUGAUCCACAUUUCCUCCCAUGACAUCUCUGACUCUUUUUAAGGGUCUCUGUAUUCUCUUCUCCCUUCUCGCCCUUCCUGUAUUUUACAUUUCUGUCCAAUAUUUACCCCACCUUUCUUCCAAAGGAGGCAUUUCUUUAGUCUUGCAACAAUCCCGGGAGGGGUUGGGGAGAGCUGUCCUGCUGAGGGUUUCUUCGCACAUCACAAAGGAGCAAACCUCAGGAAGGAAGAGUAAACAAAACUGUUCUGGGGAUUUUCUGAAAUGGUGUUUGACUCGCUGAUAUGUUUGCCUUUUUAAUAAUAAGCAGCUGAUGUACACUCACUUCCCCUGUUUUUCCUACAGUGCCCUGCCAGACUGUUUUAGAUUACUUGAAGGCUGUUCUUCAGCAUCACAAUCAGCUUAUGAUUCCUCAGCCAGCAGAGCAGCCAGCAGAGGUACUGUACAGGGGUGAUAAGAAGUGCCUGGAGCCUGGCUACUUCAGUGGGCAAGUGUGCACAGGGAAAUAAUUCAAUGCUGAAUGAAUAUGCCUUUUACUUUUUAAAAAAAAAUGUGUAACAGCAAAACUCUCGUUUAUCUUCUGCAGUGCAUUACUAAAUUUACAAGACACUGAGAACCAUUCACUCUCAGCCUAGGUACAUUGAUAAUACACACCCUGGUGCAAGAUUUGCCGUUUACAUGUCCUUCCUCCACCAGGCCUAUAAUAAUAAUAAUAAUUAAAAAAAAAUUAUUUAUUUAUACCCCGCCCAUCUGGCUGGGUUUCCCAACAGAAUUAAAAGCACAAUAAAACAUCAAACAUUAUAAACUUUAACACGAAUGAUAACAUCUCAUUGUGGACAUUAUUGUGUAAUAGGCCCCAACUGAUGUUAAAGGUUAUACAUACAGUGGACAAGCGUUAGAAACUUGAGACUUACUCCCUGUUACAGUGGAACCUCGGUUUUCAAACGCAAUCCGUUCCGGAAGUCCGUUUGACUUCUGAAACCGAGGAUCAAAGGGCUGGCUGCAAAGUCAAUGGGGGGGGGGAAAUGAGAAACGCGCCUCGGAAGCCGUUCUCUCCUGGGUUUUCGGCAUUCGGCUUCCAAAACUUUCGGCAGCUGAGAUAUUUGGAAACCGAAGUUUGACUGUACCUGUAAAACUUACAUGCCCAGUCCAUGUGUGAACUACAAGUUUGAUGUGACCAUUUCAGCUGUCAUCCGGACUUCUCUCCACAUAGGAUUAGCUGAUGAUGUGCUUUUGCCAUUGGCUGAAUUCAUCAUUUGAGAUGGUCCUACAGAAAUGAGCCCUUUUCACUGCAGCUAUGGGAGACAUCUAGCAUGGUAGCACUAGCUAAACAUCUUCCAUUGCUGUGUUGUGGUGAACAAUUGCAGCCUUUGGUCCAUGCCCUCUCUGUAGGCUAAUUUAACAGCGAUUCCCUCUUUGUAGGGAAUUGUAAUUAGGUGAGGCAUUUCUUGGGGAUCUGCAGCAGCAAACACUCAACAUUAACCGAACUUCAGUUCACAUGAUUUUUUUAGAGGAAGCUGUGACAGUUGCCAAAAUAUAUACGUAAGCACUGUAAAUUGACAGUGUAGGUGAGGCCUCUCUGAGGCACAUAACUGAACAUUGCCUUUUUUUACACAUUUCCACAUAACAUUGUGUUAGAAGGUUUUUCAUUCUGUUUUGUAAGUCUCUGUCUGGCUCUAUGGAUAGAUAGCAUCAUAUGCUGGUACAGAGGUUAAAAUGUGCUUUGUUCAGUUGGUUAACUAUAUCACAUGAAUUUCUGCCAAAACACAGCAUACUUUUCACAAAGGGUUAUUGUGUCCAGAAACACACCACUUACAGAAAUCAGUGCCAUUAAGUCUAGAGUGCUGUGCAGCAAGUUGUAAUUAGAUCACUGUGCACACACUCAACAAUAAUUGAGGGGUGGGAAUGUUAAAAGAGGGAGAUAUUUGAGUAGCGCCAUUUGUAAUUAGGUCAACUUUAAUAUCCUCUCCGAGAAAAAAAAGCGGUGAGAUCUGAACACCCCUCCCCCAAAAGCCAUAUGGACAUAGGGUUUUACAUUACAUGUUGAAGCUUAAAUGUCCACAGGCGAAGUGACCUAAAUCUUGUGCUGACCAGGAGGGCAAUUUGCUGCAUACUCAUUACAUGAAAAAGUUAAGCAAACAUCAAUGUUUCACACACUUUCCCCUUCCCAAAUCGCGAAAUACAAAGCGACAAUUCUAGACAUCUUGCUUACCUAGGAGCAAGUCCCAUUCAACUCUGUGGGUCUUGCUACCGAUCAGGCAUCCUUAGGAUCAGACUACAUGUUUGCCACAUGAGAUGGUAUUGGUUUACACUUUACAAAUAUAUAGGUUGAACAGCUUUGUAUGGGAGUGUAGGAAGAAAUGUGCAGGUUAUACGAGAUCCACAGUAACAUAAUCUUAGUGCCUCCAACUCCAGUGCCCAAAGCCCACCUAUUCAUCACUUGCUUUGUACAGGAAACAAAACUCCCAAUAAGACUCGAAAUGCCACCCAAUUCAGCUCCUUUGAAAUGAGUGAAACUUUGUUCCAGGUGCUUGGAAUAUCCUGUUCUCCCUCCAGUGUCCCUCACCUACAGUUAGACCCACACCAGAGCUUCAGGAGAUAACUAUUUCUCCACAGCCGCAUGGUCCACUUGCAGUUAAGCGUUACCCUGAAUCAUUAGUGUGUGUCAGGAUUUACCUUGUUGUGUUUAAGAAAGGGAGGCCAAGGUCCAGGGUAGUUCAUGGGGGCCCAACACCCCUUGGCUUUGUAUAUUUGCUUUCUACAUGGAACCUUCUCUGCUUUGACUUGUCUGCUGAGGAACUAGUUCGUGUCCAGCAUGGACCCUUAACCUGCUGCUGAGGAUUCUGAGCUGCGUUCUGAGUCACACAGGCUGUUUGAGCCAGGCUUGGUGGACCUCACUGCUGCUUCUCUUCAACUGUUCCCUAAGAGUGUGUCCAAUAACAUAUUCAUAGCACAUCCUAGUAACUGUGGGUUGCAGGAAAAUAUUUGGCGGUUGAGUGCAAGCCAUUGUACCGAUCGUCUCAUGGAGGAACCCCACCUGAAGUUUCCACAGAACCCCAGAUGUUUCUAUUAGGGUGAAUGCCUGCUCAUGGGCCUCCUUAGCUGGGCAUGCUAAGCAAAUGGCAACCAAGAGAUUUUGUGGGGCGAAUUGUCCACCCCACAGAGCUGUCAUCUGCCUUUACGUAGAAUUCAUUAAUAGUCAUGCAGCUCUGGGAACUGAGGGUUUGUAACUUUUGUUUAUUUGCUUUAGAGUUUCCCCUGCAACUUAACUGCUGUCAGGUUCUAAGGGUGUUAAACAAAAGGUAAUACGUUAAUUAUGUAAAUGGAAUUAUUAUAAAAAGUAGCGUCUGAAGUAGCUAUCCAUCAGCUGCCAUUGAAAGGCCUGUUUGAUCACACUCUUCAAAAGACAUUUUUGCACAUUCUAAUAGAUGAAGAAAGAAAAUUAUAUUUAAAUAGCUUUCCCAAUCACUGGAUCUUGACACUUUUUAACCUACCUGCGAAAGUACAUUAUAAAUAGCUUCUUUCCUCUCAAGGUGUUCAUUAUACCUCACUGGUUCUUGUUAUAGAAAAUGCAAAUGAUUUCUUAUUUUUUUUAAUGCUCAUUCUCAGUAUGAGCAAGUCCUUGUUCCCGUCAGCCUAUGUUUUCACUGUCAGCAUUUCACAGCUGCCUAAUUUCUGUUUUAUUUUAUUUGGCAACUGACUUCAUCUUCUCUGCCUGUUAGCCUGCUGAAAAACCAGGAAACUGUUCUGCUCUCUCUCUCUCUCUUAUUUUUUUAGGGGAGCAAACAGUUGCUUAACAACUAUCCCGUCUACAUCACUAGCAAACAGUGGGACGAGGCAGUGAACUCCUCAAAGAAAGAUGGACGGAGGCUCCUUCGAUACCUCAUCCGAUUUGUCUUCACCACCGAUGAGCUUAAGUACUCGUGCGGCCUUGGGAAAAGGAAAAGGUCAGUGCAGUCAGGAGACACUGGUCCUGAAAGACGCCCUCUGGAUCCAGUAAAAGUAACAUGUCUCAGAGGUACUACAUCUUCUCACUCGGUGUCCACCAUAUGCAAUCUCCAUUUCACCGCAUUGGCUUUGGGCUUUUAGGCAAGAAGGCUUAGCUUCCUGUUCUCUCAUGUGGCCCGGUGCCUUCCAAAUCCUUUGGACAACAACUGCAUCAGCCCCAGCCAGGAUACCUGUUUUGGUUGGAAUGACUGGAGUUGUAGUCCAAAACCCCUGGGGAGCACCAGGUUGGAGAUGUCUGGUCUAGAAGGAACAGGGAGCUUCCUGUAAACAUGGGGUUCAUGGGGCUUAGGUUCCGCCAUUAAUCGAUGGGAGAUGGGUUGACUGAUCACUUACCUGUCUAAUCAGUUUAUCCAGCAGUUUUCAGACUGUGGUCUGGGGAACUCAAGGGUUCUUCACUAAGACAAUUAGCACAGGUUGGUAAGUGUCUCUAGAAGACUGCCUCUUCCUACUCCUCCUCCGCUCUUCCUCACCACCACCCAUUUUCACCUGCAGUGCACAGAUGUGAAGAUGUUUUCAAGGAAGCGCGCUCAGUUGUUGCUAGGUGACAAUGAGGUCCCAACUGGCCUCAUGUGAACAGAGCAUGUGCCCUAGACAAGAAUAUGCCCCAGAAUUUACUGUAGCCUGCUAAAGGGUUCCUCAGUAGACAAUGCAAAGUGUUCAUAAAUAUAGAAAGUUUGAGCAGCAUUGAGAAGCAUUCUUCCCCCUCUCCCGCCGCCAAAACCUCAAAAGAGGUCCUCUUUUGGAGAUAAUUAGCAUUUCCUGCACUAAUUUACUAUGUAAUAAGUCCAAGCAGCUGCUCAUUAGAUGACAAGGCCAUCUUUAAUAUUUUCUUUUUCAUUCUCCAACAUCGUAGGAAGCCAAAAUUAAAACAGCCUCCAUAGCAAAAAGAGUGUUCUUACCCAAGCCCCUCUCAUCAAAAUGCAAUCCAGUUGCUUAUAAUUGACCCUGCCUAUUCAAAUCAACUAAAACUUUAAUCAGACUUUAAAUUAAACUUGAUUAUAAAAUAGAUUCAGGUUGAUUAAUCUACACAUUUAAAUCUAAUUACUUGGAUUCACUGUUUGAAAAAAAUUCAGGAGGCUUUUCUUGUCCCUUCUUCAAUCCUUGAUUGAAUGAAAUGUGGUUCUUCAUUGAAAUCAAUACACUGUCUUCAGAAUAAGAGAUAGAAUUGUUUCCGAAGUCCAUUUUUAAUGAGAUAUGGAAACCAUCUGUAACGGAAUGGAACAGACGAUAUCCUGGUCUUAUGGCCACAGUCUAGCCGUGGCUGCAUACAACUCACUGUACACAACAACUAGCAAAAGAUGCAACCAGCAAUACCAGGGAGAGAUGGAUGACUGGCAUAGAUGACGCCCUUGCAGAGGUUUCUCUGCAGCAACUGCUCAUGUGUCAAUGUGCUUCCACCCAUAGAUCUCUCUUGACAGGUCAGGACGUACUGUAUUUACUCGAGUCUAAUGCGCCAUCGAAUCUAAUGCGCACCUCAAUAUUCAGAACCUUGAAACAACAACAAAAAGUAUUUGCUGGCGGAUGUAACGUGCUUCCUCUGCAAGGAUCUUGCAUGUCUUCUCGCUAGCUUUUAAACUGCUCCAUUGAGGCUUGCAGCUGCUCACCCCUCAAUGGAGAUGUGGGACAGAACCUGCACCUCAUGGCCAGCUAGCAUGAGCUCGCAGUGAGGUACGUAUUUACCUGAGUCUAAUUCUGCCAUUGAAUCUAAUGCACACCCAAUUUUUCGCAGCUUAAUUUGGCAAAAAAAGAGAUGCGCAUUAGACUCGAGUCAAUACGGUAAUGGGUUUUAUUACCUUCAAAGAGCAACGGCAAGAUUAUUUCAGUGUUGUUUUUGUGUCACACUAUAGCCAUGUGAAGCAGCAGAUCGUUUCAGAAGAGAGAACAUUCUUUCUCUUCCACCUCCCCUUUAUGACAUCUAAAUGUAGAGGCACCAGAAUGGAACUUUUCAAAUGCCAAACACACUGGCUCCAGUCGAGCGCUAAGGACUAGUGGCUUUGGCAGGCCUGCUAUUAGCACUAGGCAUUUGACUGGCAUUCGCAGGACCCAGGUAUCCCUUGCAGGGCUGACACCUUGUGUGCCCUCCCUCAGGUGACUGCUGUCACCUCGGUUGCCUGACAGACACACUUGCUGCAGCUGUCAAGCUCCUGCUUGCUUGAGAGCUGGCUUGCCCUGAAGCAGCACUGUUAACAGCUCAGGAAGAUUAGCACCUGCUGAGCUGCAUGGGUUAUUGCAGCAGAAUCGUCCCUCAGAGGCUUGAGGAGCAGCAGAUGUGAGUGCAGUGGCAGCUUGGGCUCCGAAUGGGAUGCACUUUGAAAGAUGCAUCCAUCUGCUUCAGUGGGGCCCGGUUUGUGGAUCUGCAUCUAGGUGCACAACUUGCACUGGCUGCACACAGGCACGGGAGUGUGCUUCUGCAUGCUGGUAACCAUCCCUUGCUGGAUCGAGACCGUCCUUAAAUGUCAGCACUGGGGUGCUCAAUUGCACACUAAAUAAAAAUGCAGGUGGCAAGCCUUUUUGCACAUAAAUUGCAUAUAUACCUCACCAGUCAAAGCAUGCAAGCAUUAAGUGGGAGAAUUAGGCAAAACAUAACUUAGAGUUUCGAACACAUCUCUGUUGGUUUGGUGGCUACCCAGCAUUUGACACUGCUGAAGGGAGCUUCCACACAGUCCCUGAUAGUAGACUUGGUAUGGCUUCUGCAUGCAAUUUUUUCCCCUUUUUUCGCAGUGUCUGCACAUCGUCUUCAUCAAAAUGCCACCCCAUAUUCCCCACCCCACCCUCUGUCCCAUUUAAUCUGGAUUUACUCUUUCUGCGAGUUUUAUUUUUACAUCUCAGAUUUUCCCAGGAAACAAUAAUCCACAUUAAAUGGGAAGGUGAUGUAUUAAAUGGGCAGCAUUUUGCUGAGGGCAUUGCAUGGACACUGGGCAAAUCUCGCUCAGCACAAACCCCACAGGAGGGUGCCGUGUGGAAGCACCCAACAUUUGAAGUGGAUGUCUACUGGCAUUAUGCCUAUUGCUCUGAAUGGCUCACUGAGGCUUUUUGUUAUGUUGGAGGAGUUUUAAUUUUAAUGGGGCCCAAGCUGUUAGCCAUAGAUUAUAUUUCUAGAACACGAAGGAAUCCUACAGGGAAGGGAGAGGGAGAAAGCCACCUUUUCCUAAGCCCUGCCAGUUUGUGCAGGCAGAGUAGAAGGCUACGUCUCUGUGUGGCUUUCCCCCCCUUUUACAGCUCUUGUUAAUUUCAUUCUUUCUAACUCAAUUUCUGGACAACAUAUUAUUUAAAAAAACAUCUUGAAGCAUUUCACAGUAAGAGUCACUGAAAAUUCUGAAAACUUCAUUAAACUGCAGUUGCGUAUGUACAAUGGCUAUGAGUAACAGCUGGGAAAAAAAUAUCCAAAGGAGCAUAAAAUUAAAAUGGCAAAGAAAGCACUCUGUCUUGGGAGUCCUGCAUAACUCCAUCCCACAUGCCCUAUCAGCAGCAAAACAAGGAUCGCAGAAUUGUGGAGUUGGAAAGGGACCACAAGGGCCCAACCCUCUGCAAUGCAGGAAUCUUCUGCCCAACAUUGUUCAGAAUAGCUUGACUUGGUGAAUAAGUUGUGCAAAAUAAGAAAAGUCAUGCCAGUGUGUUCUCCCUGUGUUAAUUUUACAGAAUCGAAAUGUCCACUUUUCCGUGCAGUAUUUUAAUUUAUUUAGUAUGAAAUCAGCACUGUCCUGGUCAGUAGACGGUUUGUUUCCAAUGCAGAUGUUUUCUACCCCUUUUUCCUGUGUUCCUGCUGCUGUUCCUUAACAUCCCACGCAUCCCAUCACUCCUUUCCCUCCCAAACACCUCAAUUGCUAACCCAGAAAUGCUUUUGGAAACCCACACUGUGCAGCUGUCCAGUACAAACUGUGUUAAUUCUCACGGUGUGUUGAAGCCCCUGAUGGGAGCUGGAGAAAGGAUCACAUGUUGCGGGAGUUAAAGCUAUGGGGUUGGCUCUCUUAGCAUUGCCUCCAAGAAUAUAUACCCGGCGUAUGAAUGCGAUGCAUCCGCAUGCCACUGCCCAGCUUGCGAGAGAGCUAAUGGUGCCAGUGGGCCGCUGUUGCUAACUCCACGUUUUCCUGCAGAAUUCAUUAGGAUGCACUGCACGUCCAACCCUGAUUGGUGGAUGCCUUCUGAGGAACAGAUAAACAAGGUGUUCAGUGAUGCCGUGGGACAUGCACGGCAAGGUCGUGCGGUGGGGACGUUCCUCCACAACGGCAACUCGUAUUACGAAGGGAUUGAGCAACAUAGUUCGCAAGACGACCUCUUCAACAGGGGCAUCCACGAUGGAUCUGGAGACUGAUGGCAAAGGGGAGGAAACACACACACACACACACACAUGUGUGUAUUGGGGCAGUGAAAGAGACUGUGUGUUUGAUGUGCUGUUUGACGUGACUUAAGAACCCAAAGCAUGUUCAGAGUCUUGUUUCAUCCAAGGCCUUCCUUUGAAAUCCCAUAGUGUCUAAGCCCAGACUUCUCAAACACAAUAUAAGGACGCAAACCUACUUCUGAGUGGGUGGGGAGCAGAAUUCUCCUCCACGCAAAAUAAUAAUAAUAACCCCGCCACACACACCUUGAAAGUUGGCACGUCAGGAAACAGGCCAGGCUAGGAAGAGUCUGCCUUACAUGUCAGUUUUUUAUGUGAAGGAUUUCCUCUCCUGUAUUUUCCGUAUUCGAGUCUCCACCUGCCAUCUUAACACACAAAACUCAGAUGCGGUUUUAUCUUCCCACCUCACGUGUGGCAAUGAAAACCAGUCUCACAGCUCUAUAUAUCUUCACAGUGGUCAAAUGCAGUCGCAGCCCCCACUGACACACAACUUUACACUUCUGAGUUCAUGUGCAAUUUUAGGGAUUAGGAAUGUGUUAGUGACAUUUCAUUAAAUCUGGAAGGCAUCUAAAUCAGGGAGAGCUUUGACAUGUUGCAUUUUAUUUUGGAAGUUUUCCUACCUCUUCUGGGG